CCCUUUGCAAUGGCUCUGUCCCGAUGACGACGCCUCACCGGUGCGUUCUGACCCUGGCGCCCUUGGCCGGGCAAACUUUGUUCAGGGUAGGCGCCAAAAGGCAAUUGUCUCCGGACUCAGUUCGGUGCAGAGCGGCCCAGGGAGUGACAAUUGUCGGAAGGGGCCGUUGUUCCCUCGCAAUUGUUACUGUGCCACUGGACGCAGUAUAAAUUGGCAGUGGAGAUGGCAGAUCGCCUUCGUGACGAGUAAUUAGGCACAAUGACAUUGCUGAAGAACACGCUCCCCCGGCUGCCCGCAGAGCUCACUGACAUGGUCAUCGACCAGCUGUGGAACGACAAGGCGGCGCUCUCCGCGGCAUCCCUCGUCGCGCGCACCUGGCUUCCGCGCUGCCGCGUGCACAAGUUCGGCCAGGUCCGCGUCGAAACCGACUUUGACGGCCUGCGCGCACACCUCGAGAACACGCCGCAUCUGCGGCCCUACGUGCGCAAGCUCGUGCUGCAGGGCCCCGCCUACGACGCCGACGAGACAGAAGAGGCCGAAGAGGCCGUCGACGGGCCUAUGGACGUCGACACCCCGCGUGCGCAGCGGCCCACGCUCUCGCCCCUCCUCCUCGCCGACAUCCUCGCGCUACUUCCGUGCCUGCGCGAGCUACAGCUGCACCACCUCUCGCUGCACGCGCCACCUCUGUCCCCGUCGCCAGACCUGCCGCUGCCGCCACACACACCGCGCAUCAUCCAGACACUGACACUCAUGGACGUCGGCAGCGCGUGCGCGGACGACAUCACGGCACACGACCUGUUGCUGCGCGUGCUCGCGCUCUUCGCGGACGUCGGCUUCCUGCACCUCGCGGGCGUCCCGGCGCACGCGUGGACGUCUCCGCCUUCACCACCGCCCUGUGCGGCACGCACCCGCGUCGGCGCGCUCCGCCUCGAGAACGCGCCGGGCGCCGCGCAGUAUUUACACGUGCUUUGCGCGCCGGGCACGCUGCGUGCACUUGAGGCGGAGGUCACGGAGGGCGACGACGCGGCGGCGCUCGCGGAACUCGCGCGCGGGGCGGGCGUGGCGCUCCAGCGGGUCGUGGUCGACCUCGCGCACUGCUUCCGCCUCGAGUACUACGACGAGGACGCGGACGAGGUGAUUAUCUCGCCUUGUGCAGAGUUGGUGGCGGGCAUCCUUGGCGACGGCCUCCAGGAGUGCACGGGCCUGCGCUCGGCCGAGUUCGUCGUCCCUGCCGAAGAGCUGUACAUGGCGGAGCACGGCAUGUACGAGCCGUCGCACAUCGUGGACGCGUGGGAGUGCCUCUUCCUCGCGCUCAAGCAGCUCCCUCCGGCGACGCAGGAGCUCACGAUACGUCUGUUCACCGACAUGUGGGAGGACCAGCUCUCGCUCGAGAGCCUCGACCUCGACUGGGACUGGCUGCAACGCACCCUGUCGCACUUUGACAACCUGCGCUUACUGAGGAUCGGCACCGCACACGACAGCGAGUGGGCGCUGGAACCAGAAGACGAAGAGUACUUGCGGAGACAGAUGCCUGUGUUGCAUCAGAAGGGCGUGCUGCAUGUGGAGGUCGGCUACAGCUUGGAAGAUAUGAUACUUUGAAGACUUGUGCCCCUUAUUUACAUUGUGAUUGCGGACUGUCAUUGUACCGUUAGAGUUUCCUGCAUCAAUCAUGGACACUGUUGUAUCAGUAGAGAACCCGUGUUUCAAUUGUAUUUUAUAUCCGUGAC